CUGCCAGCAUCAUCGGAGCGCUACAUAUCUGAGGCUGGCCCACUGUAAAUCACACAGACCAGAUCGGACUCUUGACUGACCGUCGGGCUUGGACUCAGCCGAGAGAAGAUGUCGGGUCAAACGCUGACGGACCGCAUCGCCGCGGCGCAGUACACCCUCACCGGGUCUGAGGUGUGCAAGGCGGUGUGUAAAGCCACGACACACGAACAGACCCCCCCAAAGAAGAAGCACCUGGAAUAUCUGAUCCAGGCCACCCAGGAGACCAAUGUGAACGUGCCCCAGAUGGCGGACACUCUGAUGGAAAGGGCCGGGAACGCCAGCUGGGUGGUGGUGUUCAAAGCCCUCAUCACCACACACCACCUCAUGGUCCAUGGCAACGAGAAAUUUCUACAGUUCCUAGCAUCUAGAAACACACUUUUCAACCUCAGCAACUUCCUGGACAAAACUGGUUCCCACGGCUAUGACAUGUCCACAUUUAUCAGACGCUACAGUCGCUACCUGAACGAGAAAGCCUUCGCUUACCGACAGAUGUCUUUUGACUUUGGCAGAGUCAAGAAAGGUGCUGAAGGUGUAAUGAGGACCAUGCCAGUAGAAAAGUUACUACGAGGAAUGAACAUUUUGCAAGGCCAGAUCGAUGCUCUUCUGGACUUUGAUGUUCAAUCGAAGGACCUAAACCAUUGUGUGCUAAAUGCGUGCUUUCUACUUCUUUUUAAAGAUCUGAUAAAGUUGUAUGCUUGUUACAAUGAUGGUAUAAUAAACCUAUUAGAAAAGUUUUUCCAGAUGAAGAGAAGCCAAUGUAAAGACGGUCUGGAAAUCUACAAGAGAUUUUUAACACGAAUGACUCGAGUUUCUGAGUUCUUCAAAAUUGCAGAGCAAGUGGGAAUAGACAAAAACGACAUACCUGAACUCACUCAGGCCCCAGAGAGUCUACUGGAGUCCCUCGAGACACACCUCAACACACUGGAAGGGAAGAAGCCGUAA